CGACCUCCACCUCCACCUCCACCACCACCUCCUCUUCUCAGGAUUGUUACUACCACCACUAGUAGUAGUGGUCAGUUGGGCUUCUCGCCUUCCUUCCUCCCCCUCUUCCUCCAGGGAGGAUCGAACAGCACGUCAGCACCGCCCUGGUUGCAUCUCCUCCAGGAAGCACAAGUAGGAGGUGGAAAAGCAACUUUGGCUGGUCAACAGGAGAGUUUCAGUGACAAGAUGAAUUCUGCUGCUGGAUAUGAAGAUGGCAGUGAGGAAGAAGAGCCAUAUGAACGUGAGUUUUAUGAUGAUGAAGAUGAUGACAUUGAUGAUACAAAAUGUGUGGAUCCCUGUGAUGAUUCUGUACUGAAAGAGGAACUGCACAGGAAGCAUAUCCAUGAAGUGGAGUCAUAUGAUGAUUUGGUGGUUGGUGAGGAGGAAUGUGUUACGAACCCCUGUGCUUUGCGAGUUUUCAAGAUGGAACGAAAUGAGCAAGAGCUCAAGCAGGCUCAGAAAAUGUGCAACAACAUUAAGGAAAACGAGAUACCAGCAGCCAAGGAAAUUGGAACGAAACCAUUCAAAAAACGACUUGUCAAGUUUGCUGAUGAUGUAUCUUGUUACACAUACAGUACUGAAAAUUUUGCUUCUGCAAAGUUGGAGAAAAGGAAAGCUCAGUUUGAUGACCAGGACAAGCACCUCCAUAAGAAACAAGAACACACACCACCUUCUUUUCCUCGGGAUGGCAGCAAGCUGAAAGAAGUGGACAACACUAAUCUGUAUGUGGGCAACCUACCUGCUUCUGUAGCUUCGCACAAGCUCAUUGAGAUGUUUCUACCUUUCGGACGAAUUGUCAGAUCAAGAGUUGUGGAUGAUUGUUUCACUGGUUUGAGCCAGGGAUAUGGCUUUGUGAAGUAUUCUGAUCCUCACUGUGCUGCUGAAGCUAUUAAGCGCAUGAAUGGGCGAUUGGUUGAAGGAAAAGCUCUAGAGGUCAGAGUAGCUGGUUUUCCAUCAUCAGGAUCCAAUCCAUCUAUUCAUGCUGUGCCAGAGGAUGAUAACCAGCCUUCAAAGGAAACCAACAUGACUAAAUUGUAUGUGUGCAACCUUUCCUUGUCCAUGAACACAGACAGGUUGAUUGAUCUUUUUCUACCUUUUGGGGAAGUAACUAGUGCAAAGGUAGCGAGAGAUCACACAACAGGCUUAAGUAAAGGAUAUGGCUUUGUGCAGUACUCUAGUUCUCACCAUGCAGCUGAGGCUGUCAUCCAUUUGAAUGGACGUCUUGUUGAGGGAAGAAAGAUAGAGGUCCGAGUAUCAGGCAUACCUCCAAAACAGCCAAAUUCAGCUGUAGAAUCACCUAUCACUACGAGAACCAUCAAGGAAAUUGACAUGUCUAAUUUGUAUGUCUGUAAUAUGCCAUCGUCAAUUGACACCAAGAAGUUGGUUGAGCUAUUCCUUCCAUUUGGUAAAAUCACCCAUGCAAGAGUGAUGGCAGAUCCUGACACCUUUUCAAGUAAAGGAUAUGGUUUCAUCAAGUUUACUGAUUCUGAAUCUGCUGCCAAGGCUAUUGCAGCAAUGAAUGGAACAAUGGUUGGAGGAGAAAUGAUGGCGGUCAGAGUUGCACGCCUUUCCCCAUCAGCAUCCAGCUCAGCUGUACAGACCUCUGCAGAAAUCAACAAGUCUAAACUAUACAUCACUAAUAUUCCAAGGUCCAUGACUGCUGAUACGCUGAUUAACCUUUUCGCACCCUUUGGCCAAAUCAGUAAGGUCCUGAUGAACCUGGAGUAUAGUCUUGUGUGGUAUGCAGAUGUACCCUCAGCUACCAAAGCUGUCGAACACAUGGAUGGAUACCUGGUUGAAGGAAAGAGGUUAGUGGUCAAGGGAGCAGAGCCCAUUCCAACCAAUUUUCCCGAGUCUGCUUUUCCACAAACAGGUGGCAAGACCAAAGAAAUCGACAUGGCCAAUCUGUAUGUUGGCAGGGUUCCAUCAAGUGUAACCGAAGAUCAACUCAUCGAUCUUUUCCGCCCAUUUGGAUGGAUUGUUCAAGCUAGAAUGUUUCCUUUUAGUGGGUAUGGCAUGGUUAGGUAUGACAAUCCUUCAUCUGCUGCUGCAGCAAUUGAUCAUUUGGAUGGUUACAGGAUUGGUGGAAGCAUACUGACUGUGAGAGUAGCAUGGCUUUCUGCAGAAUCCAUUGCAGCCACAAGUGCUCCAACACCAUGGAUGCCUUCUAAUGAGCAGAGACAAUUUGACAUGACCAAUGCUGUGGAGUCUGCUUUUCCACAACCAGGUGGCAAGACCAAAGAAAUUGACAUGGCCAAUCUGUAUGUUGGCAGGGUUCCAUCAAGUGUAACCGAAGAUCAACUCUUUGAUCUUUUCCGCCCAUUUGGACGAGUUGUUCAAUCUAGAAUGUUUCGACAUCAGGGGCAUGGCAUGGUUAGGUAUGAUAAUCCUUCAUGUGCUGCUGCAGCAAUUGAUCAUUUGGAUGGCUACAGGAUUGGUGGAAGCAUACUGAAUGUGAGAGUAGCAGGGCUUCCUGCAGAAUCCAAUGCAGCCCCAAAUGCUCCAACACCAUGGAUGCCUUCUAAUGAGCAGAGACAAAUUGACAUGAAUAACCUUUAUGUGUGCCAUCUCCCAAGAUAUAUUAACACCGAAAGGCUGAUUGACAUUUUCCUACCAUGUGGCCAAAUCACCCAGGCAAAAGUAGUUGUUGAUAGAUACACUGGUGUGAGCAAAGGAUUUGGAUUUGUCAGGUUUGCUGAUCCUUACUCUGCUGCUGUGGCACUCACUCACAUGAAUGGUUACCCUCUGGAUGGGCAUGUGCUGGAGGUUAGGAUAGCUGGUGUUCAACCUGCUGCUAUGAGCAGCUACAUGGCGCAUUUCUACUCCCACUUCACAGUGCAUGAUCCUGCAAAGGCGGCUGUUGGAAUACCGACUUCCUAUUGGCCAUACUAUUACGAUGAAUCCACAUACAACACAGUAUCUGAAAUCCAGGGGCAAGGCACCACUACAUCUGCCACUGAUGCUUCUGCUCAAACAUCUCAGAAGGAACAGUUGCCUGGAUCGAAAUCAGGCGAUUUGGUUGCUGAGAAAGAUUACUCUUCUCAGUCACAGUCAGCAGCUUGGGCUGGUCCACCUGGCUUUGAACCUCAUGCUGUCUCCAAGAAAUAUGCAGCUGGGUCCAAUGCUUCUCAAGCUUGUUCAAAGGAUCAUUUAGCACAGUCAGGAGAUGGCCACAAAAGGAGUUCGAUUGUCUAGCACCAUUUGCUUCAGGCCACUUCUGGCUUGAUCUAACAUGGUAGAAUCUACCUAAGCUUCUCAUCACUUAACAAUUAUUAGUCAUCCGUGUUAAUUUUGUAGGAAUAUUUAUCUUCACUUUACUGUGAUUUCCCAUCUGGAGAAAAGACCGUGUCCUAACAUAGUUGCGUUAGUUCAGUACUCAGAUUAUCUGAGCUAGGUGGUAACUGAAAACAAUGCUAGUGUAAUGUAAUGGUAAAACCUCUAUGUGGAACAGUUGCAUGGUUGUUUAUGAAUUAUGAUGCCAACGAUGACCUCUCUAUUGAGUGGGAAAUGCUUGGCCGAAGUUCAAUGCUAUCAGGAUGUGUUAAGGUAAGUUGAUGUUCUUUGCUGGUCUGCUUCACUGUAUAAUACUUAUGGAUUGUUAAUGAUCUCUCUGAUUAGUUGGUAAUGGUUGCAUUGUUGUUUAUGAAUUAUGAUGCCAAGUGAUGACUACUCUGUUGAGUGGAAAAUGUUUGGUUGAAGUUUCAUGCUAUCUGGACGUGUUUAUUGCCUCCUGCUUGGCAUAAUACUGUGGUAAUCUUCAGUCUACGUUCAGUGGAGAGCUUCACAAAGAUUUGGUGGAAAAGAAGACCGGAAAGCACUGACAGUACCAGAAC